AUGGAUGCUCAAAGUCUCAUCGGCGCCGCAUCCGCGUCGUUAAGCCCGACCUCGCCCGUCAGUGUCCGCCAUGGCCCGUCCAUAAAGAGAAAGAGAAGUCUCGGCGGCCUAGACAGCAGUCCCGGCAGUGAUGUUGGCGACAACGAAGACCAAUCCUUGCUGGAACGCGAGAAGAAGCGGCAGCCUGGUGUCAAGCGGGCCUGCAAUGAGUGCCGGCAGCAGAAGUUACGUUGCGACGUGGUGCAAGAUCCCUUCGCGAGUUGCUCGAGGUGCAAUCGUCUGAAGCUCGAGUGCAAGAUCGAGUCAAACUUCAAGCGCAUAGGCAAAAGGUCCAAACAUGCCGAAAUGGAAAAGGAGAUUGACCGUUUGCGACGCAACAUCAAUAUGGCCCGUCAGCAAGGUUUUGCUGUGGAAGAUGAUGACGAUCAACAACAACACUCCCAGUUGCAAUCCCCGAUUGCCAACAGUGCUUACUCGCAUACACGGAACCCAUCUCUCAUGGGAUCUGACGAGGCAGUCAACUCCUUGUUGACCUUGAAGCGGGGUGGUUCAUAUAGUGUUGCGCCGACGCACUACGCUUACGAACUCGAGACAGUCCGAUUAACCGAUCAGGACGUUAGUGGAUUAUUCCAGGAAUUCUUCGCUCACUACCAUCCUUUCCUACCAUUUCUGCACCCGGAGCAACCCCCCGAUCUCUACUUUCAGCAGCAUGCGCUACUGUUCUGGACCAUCAUAGCAAUUGCCUCGCGGCGUUAUCGUGCCAAGCCUAUCCUACAUGAACUUGCUGGCGGUCCCUUCCAUCGACUCCUCUGGGGCACGGUUGGUGAUGUCCCAAACAGUUACUUCGUCGUUAAAGCUCUGUGUCUUAUUUGCACAUGGCCGCUUCCGACAAGCACAACCACAGCCGAUCCGACGCACAUUCUCUGUGGUGUCAUGAUGAAAGCAGCUACUGGCAUAGGCCUCCACCGACCGAGCCACACACAAGAUUUCUCUCGGGUCUCUGUGGAGCUAAACAAGGAACAACUUCAUGAUCGGGUGACCACAUGGGCCGUUUGCAACAUCGUCGCCCAACAUGUCGGAACGGGCUACGGCCAACCUGCUUCUAGUUUGUACGAUUGGACGCUUGCUAUUCGCCCUGGCGAAGAAGGUCCGUUCACCCUCAGCACGGAGCUGGCAGCCAGACUUAGGAUCGAAAGAUUCUGCGACAAAGUCUCGAAAGAAAUGUACAGCAAUGCUAGCGAUCCCCGGGGCGUGGCCGGCGACGAGCACCGAGCCAUGUUGAUGCGCGUUUACCGUCGCGACUAUCAGGAACUGCAGGCGUCUAUCAUGUCGCAACACUUGUCACCCAUCGUCGAAGCUCACCUCAAAGCUGCAGCUGUGCACCUGCGACUGGCUGGCUUCUUUGACUCAAGCAAAACGCCCGGCUACAUGGACGAUUUGAUGGGACUUUGGCGAGCGAUCACCAGUUUUCUAGAUCUACUUUUCCUUCCAGAAAACGAAUUUGUUCUGCUGUAUUCCACCAACUACGUACAGCAAAUGCUUGUAGCAGCUGGUUUCGCUCUCCUGAAGUUGAUGCGAUCUUUCUUUGUAAAGACAACGUCAGAUUUCGGCCGUGGCAGAGAACUGUUCCACAAGACUAUCUUGGGGAUCAGAAAAACUAGCAUUCAGAACAAUGAUCUUCAAUGGAGGUUGGCUGAGCUCAUGGUCCAAAUGUGGAACGGAGCAAAGAUCGACCAAACAAAAACUUCUUAUCAUGAGACAGAUCCUUUGGAGCUUGAUGACAGCCUGCAACUCAAGGUUCGUUGUAGGCACAGCAUGAGUCUUGUGUACGACUCGAUAUGGCGCUGGAGAGAGGACUAUCAAGCACAAGGUCGUGGUACACUUGACUCUAACGAGUCAUCAGCGUCAUCAACACACCUAGACAGUACUCUUAUGGCUCCUCAGAACAACAUGCCCAAUCUUAUGGCUGCUAAUGGUGCAUUGACGCCGAAUGCUAACAGCGGUGUGAGUGCUGGCCCUAGCAGCCUGAUGGCAGGCAUGGGUCCAUAUAGUGGUGAUCCCAACUACGACUUUUUUGACCCGCAACAUUGGAUGUUGGAUGGGCUGCUUGACUUCAAUUACAACUAUCCACAACCCCUUGAGGGCAUGUAG